AUGGCGCGUCUUCUCUUAAAUUUACCAGUGGAGGUUCUGCACCAAAUUUCUAAUGACCUCCCCAACCGUGACAUCAAAAACCUGCGCCGAACGUGCUCGUUUGCCCAAAUGGUGUUCCGACUCCGAUUCAACCGGAUAUUCCUUUCGCCACACCAACGCGAUAUCGAUGUUUUCUGUGAAGUGGCCAGCAGCGAGAAAUUUAGACACCAAAUCGUCGAGUUGUUUUGGGACCAGAGCCGGUUUUGUCUAGGCAAUAUGACAUCAGGAAACACAUUCGACUCAUUUGUUCCUUUCGGAGCAACAUACGAUCACGAACUUGCAACAGAAAUGGUCCGUUUCCAGCGCAAUCGAAUUGCGAACACUGGUUGCUUGAUAUCAGACGAUCUCACCGCUUUUGGCGGAAUUAACAUGCCUCUUUCUCGCAUCGCUGAGAUCAAUAAAUAUGUUCAAAAAGGCCGAGAGGCCAAUGAGCAGAGCAACAAUGAUAUUUUCGCAUUAGAGUACCACAUCCAGAGCUUCCCUUCACUGAGGCGGGUAACCAUUGGCCAUUCGACAAACGGUUGCUUCUUCGAGCCAUUUUACGAAACACCUCUGGUUAGAAGCUUCCCUCCCCACCUUGUGUACGAUAUCGAACGAUCUGACUAUCCUUUCGAACCGGUACAAGAACAUGAUUUUAGUAGUCGGACUGAUUGGGAUCAAUACUCACAGAGCACUCGUGGUUAUAGGGCCAUCUUCAGAGCACUCGCCGCCGCCAGGGAGCUACAGCUCGAGGAGAUCGUCAUAGAAACUCCCCAUGGAGUCGAGUGCGGCCUCCCUUUUGAUUUUUUCUCCCUGGGAAUGACAUCUGAUUAUUUAAAUCUUGUCGAGCUUCUCCGCCGCCCACACCUUCAGCGGCUUGACCUUGCCAUCACGAGCUGGAAUUCUAUGCAUGAAUAUGGCCAUCGGUCCCAUCCGCCUAAGAAGCUUUUAAAAGACGCCCUGAGAGGGGCUACGUCUCUGAAAAACUUCAGUUUCAAAGUAGAUAUGGCUCAAAAUGGCGGUGCUUGGAAUUUGGUUCGGCUGAAAACCCUCUUGCCCGUGGGUCGUUGGACAAACUUACGGCACUUCGAACUUUCCAGUUUUUCGGUCAAGCAAGACGACUUGGUGAGUCUUCUUGGCGAGCUGCCUCAAAGCAUUCGAUCUAUUGAACUUAGUUUCCUACGAUUCCGUUCCUCUGAAUCGGAGAGUCACGCCAGCCUCCUUGAAGAAAUACGCGGAAGGGCCCUUUGGGAUGAACGAGGAAUGAACAGACCCCGCCUAGGCAUUUCCUUGCGUGUAGGCCAACACGCCUCGAAGAGCAUCGUCAUCAGGGUGGACGCUGAAAUUGAAAGUUUCUUGUAUAAGCAAGGAAUGAACCCAUUCCGUGGUUCACGAGGACCUGAUGACGUCGAAUUGGGAAUAGGCACGGAGAGGGAUACCUUCAAUCAAUGCGAAUGGCCUCGUGAUCAAAACUUCAAUUGGACAGAAGAAAUCGACAUGACCCAAAAGCGGCUGGAGAAGUUGUAUAAGACAGGCGAGGACAAAUUACGCCGUCUUCGGGAUACGAUGAACAAAACGUCUGUUAAUAUGUACAAUCUUUUGGAUGAAGAUUUUCAAUGGUGA